UGCGCGCAUAUCGCCCGACCACCGCGAUUUGCUGAACGUCUUAAAAAUAUUUAUAAUUGAAACAUUUACAUUUGUUCGCUAAUUUUCACAUUGCAUUUAGCGUGGUCGCGUUAUUAAUAUAAUAGCAAAGCCAGCCAUACGUGCGCUGCACACACACACGCGCGCGGGCGAGCAGAGUUUUGUUUACCUUUUUUUCCCGUGUUGGAUAUCGAGAAGUUUUUGCUGCUGCAACAUAUGUACACGCACAUAUGUAAAUAGAUAGGUUUACGUGUGUGCCAGUGUUUGUGCGUGCAUAUUGUAUAUAUGUAUAUGUAUAUAAAUAUAUAUAGUGUGUGUAGAAAAUGGCAUUUAACAGUGAACAGUUAAGUUAAUGCGCAACGAUGCAGAUGCCGUCGCCUGCAGUUGCUGCGCUGCCCACCAGGUGUUUAUUUUAAGAGUGUGGCCCCAAAAAGGAAAACAACAACAACAAAAAGCAACGAAACGAAUCGCAAAGAAAAUCGUUCGCGAGCUGUUCCACAUGGAAAACGAGUCCCAAACAAUUGGCUUUUCCCGCUCCCGCAGUCGUAGUUGUUGCUGGAUAUGAAUCUGAAUUUGAAUCUGAAUCUAAAUCUGCAGCAAAACCAAACAAAGAAUGGCCUGAGCCGUGUUAGCCUGGUCAAAUCGCAGAGCAGCGCCAAGCUGAGCCACAGCAAUGAGGUCGCAACAGCAGCAGCAGCAACGGCAGCAGCAACGGCAGCAGCAACGGCAACAACGACAACAACUAGCUUACGCGCUGCCAAACUCAAGAUCGAGGCCAUGCAACAGCAGCGGCAGCAGCAACAGCAACAGCAGCAGCAGCAGCAGCGGCAGCAACAACAACACGGCAGCAGCAACAUCAUCUUGCUGCGCGGCACUCGCAACGAGAAUGGACAGAUCAUCAUACAGAACAAGCAGGAUAUACUCAGCCUGCUCAGCGAGCAGCAGCAGGAGAAGGCGACAGCCCUGACGCUCAAUCAGCUGCCCACCACGACAACUGUGGCACGCAAAACGAUUGUCCAGAGCAACAGCAACAGCAGUAGCAGCAGCAACAGCAGCAGCAGCAGCAAUGGCAGCAACAUCAUCAACAGCUGCAGCAACGCCAGCAACAGCAGCUCGGGCAGCAUCUCAAUUGUAGCCAGCAGUGGCAAGGACACGAAUACGAUCCUGCUGCAGACGCCCAUCAAUGCCAGCCAGCUCGAGAGCGUGCUCAAGGCGCAGGUGAACAGCAGCAACAGCAACAACAAUGCCACAAAGCUGAUCGAGCGCCCCUUUAUGCUGAAGCAUGCCUCUCGCAGUCUCAGCUCUGAGAGCAAUUGCGACAGCAAGUCGCCCUUUGUGCUGCAAACGCUGAAGCGCCUGGAGAAAUCACAGUCUAUACUAGUCAUACGCAACUCGACGUCUGCCGCCAACAACACGCCGCCGCUGCAGUUGAGCAGCAGCAGCAACAGCAGCAGCAACAAGAGCAACAACGCCAACAGCAGCAAUGUGACGCAGCAGACGCAUCUGCUGAGCGUUUCGCGCAGCUCGAAGGCGCCCAAAGCGGUGGCUGCUACGUUGCAGAAGCUGAAGGCGCCAGCGGCGGCGGCAGCGGCAGCAGCGGGUGGCACGACUAUAUUGAGACUGAGCAAGAGCGUCAACAAGCAGGUGGCAACAGCGACAACAACAGCAGUAACAGCAGCAGCAGCAACAGCAACAGCAGCAACAGCAACAACAACAGUCGUAGCAGCAGCAACAACUGUUGCCACAACAAAUAAACUGUCCAUGGAGCAGCAGCAGCCGCAAACGAAUGUGCCACUGGGGAACGAUGGCGAACCUAUCAAACUGCCCGACAAUUUGGAGAGCCUGCCAAGAGCCGACAGUUUCCCAUCGCAGCGACAUCGUUGGAAUACAAAUGAGGAAAUCGCAGCGAUUCUUAUCAGCUUUGAUAAACACAGCGAGUGGCAAUCAAAAGAAGUCAAAACAAGACCCAAGAGCGGCUCUCUGCUGCUCUAUUCGAGAAAGAAAGUGCGCUACAGACGCGAUGGCUACUGCUGGAAGAAGCGCAAGGAUGGGAAGACAACCCGCGAGGAUCACAUGAAACUUAAAGUACAAGGCACUGAGUGCAUCUAUGGUUGUUACGUACACUCGGCCAUAUUGCCCACAUUUCAUCGCAGAUGUUACUGGCUAUUGCAGAAUCCGGACAUUGUUUUGGUGCAUUAUCUGAAUGUGCCGUAUCCGGAUGAUAAUAAAAUGGCUGUCAUUGCGCCGAGCAUAACGCUCUGGGGCGAUAAGAAGGAGUGGACAAAGGAGGAGCUGGUUAGCCAACUAAAGCCUAUGCUGUCCACAGUUAAUUCAGAUGAAGAUUCUGAUUCCGGCAAUGAUAUUGAGAUAUCGACGGCCGAAACUGUAGAGUCCAUUGUAUGCCAGCUGAUGGAGAAGCAACGUCUCUCGCGGCAAGCCGCGUUGGUUAAGCAACUCGAUUGCGGCUGCGGCGAUGCCAACUGUGCGGAUGGCAAGACCUGCACGCAUCCCGUUAUGCGACGCACGGGCGGCAUAUUGAAGGGCGUCUCAGAGAAGCGACCCAAUGACGCCUACAGCACAGCCAACGGCACGCCCAACGUUGUGGUGGCCAGCAAGCUGUAUUCACGUUGGUCGGAGCGACACAGGCAGCGCGAUGCGACGUUGCAUUUGGAGAAUCCGCACGCGCAGUUCCACAAUGCCACGCAGCAGCUGCCGCAAGAGUCGGCGAUCAAAUUUCAAAUCAUUCCCCAGCAGCAACAACAACAACAGCAGCAGCAGCAACAGGCCAAUCACAACGAAGGCAGCUAUCAGCAGCAAUAUCGUGGCGCCAAUCAGAUGCUGGCCACAAGAAACAAUCUGAUAAUACAACAGCAGCAGCAGCAGCAACAGCAACAACAACAUCAACAGCAGCAACAACAGCAGCAACAACAACAACAAUAUCAACAGCAGCAGCAUCUGAACUUGCAGCGCUUCGUAGCUAGUCACAAUCAAAGCAAUCAAAGUCAUAAUCAACUCAACAGCAACAACAACAGCAACAGCAAUACUAGCAACAGCUCAGCACAUUUAAAUCAUCGCCUGCAAAUUGCCAAUACAACAAUAACGGCAACAACAAGGGAGGCGGCAGCAGCAGCAGCAGCUGUAGCUGCAACAACAACAGCAGCAAAUGUCAUGGAUACGGAACUAAUUGAAAACCAAAGCCAACAGCAGCAGCAGCAGCAGCAGUUGACCGCAAAUAGCAACAAACUGAGCCACAAUACAAAUAACAGCAGCAAUAAGCAAUUAACAGUAGCAGCAGCAUUAGCAACAACAACAACAGCAGCAGGAGCAGCAGCAACAGCUCACACAAACAACGAAUUAAAUGUCAUAAACAACAACAGCAAUAACUUUAUAUACAAUCAACAGCAGCAAGCCAACACUCAACAGCAGCAACAUUAUUAUAAAUUGCAACAGACACCAACCCCCAACAGCAGCUGCAGCAGCAGCGGCAGCAGCAAUCAACCCCCAGUUGAGGCCAUGUGUAUGUCACCUGAGCAUCACAGCAGCAACAGCAACAGUAGCAACAACAACAACCAUCAACUUGGAGCAACAGCAGCAACGUCUUCCGCUGGCAAUACUCCUUCCACAUCAGCAACAUCAUCCACCUCCAGUUCCUUACAGUCGAUUAUCGAUGGCAAUCAGCAGCAACAAAUUACAACGACAACAGCAACAACAACAACAGCAGGAGGAGCAGCAGCAACAGCAACAACAACUUGUGAUAAUUUAAUGAGCGCCAAUGCGCAUGCUGAGCUGGAGUUGGGCGGCGGCAGCAGCAACAGCAGCGAGCAACAGCAGCAGCAGCAACAACAGCAACAGCAGCAGGCGUCUAGCAACUAUAGCGUCAACAAUCAGGCAACUGAUGCCCAAAUUCUUAAUGGUUGUGCCAACUACAGUGCUUCCAGUGACAACAGCAGCCAAAUUAGUGACAGCAACAACAACAGCAGCAGUCGCAGUCGCAGCAGCAGCAACAGCAACAACAGCAACGACGAUGAGCCCCAAGCAGAGUCAAUGAGUUUCUUCAAUGAGACAUUGGAUCUAUCACAUGAGGAUAUACAACGCACGCUCAUUGCCAAUAUGCCCUACAACAACAACAGCAGCAAUCCAACAGCAGUAGCAGCAGCAGAGGACCCAGCGACAGCAGCAGCAGCUAGCAGCAACAACAACGAAACAGCGCAACAGCAAUCAGAUGAACGCGAAGACGAGGAUGCGGCUGAUGUAUUUGCCAAUUUGGAUGCCUUUGAUAUGCUGGUUGAGUUUCCCGAACUGGAUCUGGAUGAUAAGCAGGCGUUGAAUAAUACAGCCGUCGAGCAGGUGCAUCAUCAGGCCGGUGGCUCCUACCUAGCCACGCCCCAGCCCACAAGCACGCAGCGAAAGUUGCUCAACAUUUGUGACUUUAGUCCGGAAUGGUCCUACACGGAGGGCGGGGUCAAGGUGCUCGUAGCAGGUCCUUGGACGAGUGAUGGAGGCUGCUACACGGUGCUCUUCGAUGCACAGCCUGUGCCCACGGUGCUCGUCCAGGAGGGCGUCUUGCGCUGCUACUGUCCGGCACAUGAGGCAGGUUUGGUUACCUUGCAGGUGGCAUGUGAUGGAUUCUUGGUCUCCAAUGCGGCGAUGUUUGAGUACAAGCUAUCGCUGCUGGCAGAUGCGCCAUUCGAUGCCAGCAGCUCCAAUGACUGCCUGUAUAAGUUCACGCUGCUGAACCGCUUGUCUACCAUCGAUGAGAAACUGCAGCUGAAGCUGGAGAAUGAGCUCACCUUCGAUCAGACUUCUCUUUUUCUUGAGCCCAACUUUGAAGAGAAACUGGUGCUCUAUUGCCAUCGGCUCACGAAGCACGCUUGGAGCACGCCCAGCACUGGCGCCAAUUGGAGCGUUGGCCUGCGUGGCAUGACCCUGCUUCAUCUGGCCGCCGCCUUGGGCUAUGCCAAGCUGGUGGGCGCCAUGCUUAACUGGCGCGCAGAGAAUCCACAUAUCAUACUGGAAACGGAGCUGGACGCACUUAGCCAGGAUGUGCAUGGCUUUACGCCCUUGGCUUGGGCCUGUGUUCGUGGACAUUUGGAGUGCACUCUGCUGCUCUACAAGUGGAAUCAAAAUGCGUUAAAGAUCAAAACGCAGGCCCAGCAAACGCCGCUCGAUUUGGCCAGCUUGAAGGGCCACAAGCAGCUGCUGCAGCAGCUGUGCCGGCUUGAAAAGGAACGCUGCCGCAAGCCACAGCCACGCGGCGGACUGGCCAAUCUCUCCAUGAAUCUGGCCGUCGAGGCGGCCACUGAGGAGUCCAAUUAUAGUGUCUACGAGAUGGAACUGCAGCGCAGACAUGACGGAGUCUUCCUACGACCUGUGGCGCUUCAUAGCAAUCAAAGUCCGCCAAAUAACAGCAGUCGCUACUCGAAGCGCUCUUCCAUAGAUAGUGGCAUCAACAUGGAUAUGCGCAGCAAAUCCGGAAAGCCAUUAGCUAGAAUGCACGGUAACUAUGAGACACAUGACAACUAUGCUCUGGGCGUGGAUUCUCCUUUGGACUCGCUGAGCGGCAACAAUUGUUCCGGUCUGCUAUCGCCAAUGCGUAAAAUGGAUUUCGCUCUAUGCGAGGUAUCCACGGGCGAAUCGAGUCCCAUACACGACAAAGACAUCGAUUGCGAUGACAAUUCGACGAGCGUGACUGACACAACUUUAAAUAAUGAGCUCAACGAUGCGGUCGUAGGGGAUUCGGAUGCAAAAGUUUUGACGCUAGCGGAGCAUAUUAUAGCAGCCAUGCCAGAUAGGAUCAAGAACGAAGCACAUGAAAUGAUGGUCUUGGGCAGCCCCUUGACGGAGCCACUCACCUCAGAGUCGUCGGCUCUGACAGAUAGCUUUAUGGAUCCGCUGCUCGAUUCGUUGCCCAAUACACAUUUCGAUAGCGAUUUUAGUUUCGAUUUCCAUGAUCACAGCUAUCGAUAUCAUGAUGUGAGCACACCUUGUUCUAGUCUGAGUCCCGCCAGUUCGGGUCCUUUGCAAUCGCCGGCUAGCUAUUCCAUACUCGGCACAGAUCCUUCGGUCAGCUCACCUAGUCCGCCGCCUUCAACAAAACAAUUGACGGAGUUCCUGCACGCUUCCAGCAUAUCGCAAUAUCCCUUCGAGGCAGACUUCUCGAAGCUAACGCUCACAGACACCGAGCAGCGUGAGCUUUACGAGGCAGCCAAGUGCAUACAGAAGGCAUAUCGUUCGUACAAGGGCCGCCAGAAGAUGGAGGAGCAGAAUAAGGAGCGUACCGCUGCAAUCGUUAUACAAAACUAUUAUCGUCGCUAUAAGCAAUACGCUUACUACAGGCAGAUGACCAAUGCAGCUCUAGUCAUACAGCACGGCUAUCGGUCGUAUCGACGCAAUAAGCGCUUCAAGAAGUCCCAACUGGGCACUGGCAGCGAACAGGGCAGCGUGAGCAGCAAUUCCCAAUGCCUGUCCAGCUUUUACGAUCACUACAAACAGGAUCAGCAGCAACAGCAGGAGCUCAGCUCACAGCCCAGCACGCCAAAGGAGACGAGUCCUUCGGGUCCCUUGAAGCGUACAUACUCGCAGUCGACACAAAAUCAGGCGGCCAGAAAAAUACAACAGUUCAUGAGACAAUCACGCAUCAAACUACAGAGAGAGCGAGCCGAAAAAGAGAAGCUGGUGCACCAACGCAGGGCGGAAUACCUUCAAAACUUGCAGUAUCAAGGGCAACAGGAAAUGGCAGUAUGCCAUAGUGAGAAUAGCAACAAUAACAUCAACAAUCUGCAACAUAUGCAAUCCAAUCAAUGAGAGAGAAGCGAAAAGAGAAGCAAAAAAAUAUAUAUGGAAUAAAAACUAUGUUCAAUAAGAAUUUAUUAAUAGCUUUAACAACUGAGUGAAACUUUCUACUUUCAUAAUUGUUUAUUAAGACACGCAGCACCUCUUGUAGUGGAACUUUUCGUUUUUGACUUGAUAAUACUUAUAUAUAUAUAUACCUAUAUAUAUAAAUUAUAUAUGUAAUAGCAAGAUCUGCACUUUUAUUCAUUUGCAUAACGAAUUUUAAUAUAUACACAUAUAAAACGAUUGAUUUUCUGAAACUUUGUAAAACGUAGUUUUAGUAUUUUAUAAAA